CACCUCAGCGGGAAUCGGAGACGCGAGCAGCUGGGUCUUUGGGAACUGAGGUAGAGGUAUAACUUGACGGCGGAGCAAGUCAAGACGCACGUACGGCCGUCCGGGCCAGUGUUGAGUUUCCGUAGCCUGUGAAGAUGGUGUUGCUCACGAUGAUCGCCCGAGUGGCGGACGGGCUCCCGUUGGCCGCCUCGAUGCAGGAGGACGAACAGUCUGGCCGGGACCUUCAACAGUACCAGAGUCAGGCUAAGCAACUCUUUCGAAAGUUGAAUGAACAGUCCCCUACCAGAUGCACCUUGGAAGCUGGUGCCAUGACUUUUCACUACAUUAUUGAACAGGGGGUGUGUUAUUUGGUUCUGUGUGAAGCUGCCUUCCCUAAAAAGUUGGCUUUUGCCUACCUAGAAGAUUUACAUUCAGAGUUUGAUGAACAGCAUGGGAAGAAGGUGCCAACUGUGUCUAGACCCUAUUCCUUUAUUGAGUUCGAUACCUACAUUCAGAAAACCAAGAAGCUUUACAUUGACAGUCGUGCUCGGAGAAACCUAGGCUCCAUCAACACUGAAUUGCAAGAUGUGCAGAGGAUCAUGGUGGCCAAUAUUGAAGAAGUGCUACAACGGGGAGAAGCACUCUCAGCAUUGGAUUCGAAGGCUAACAAUUUGUCCAGUCUGUCCAAGAAAUACCGCCAGGAUGCGAAGUACUUGAACAUGCGUUCCACUUACGCCAAACUUGCAGCAGUAGCUGUGUUUUUCAUCAUGUUAAUAGUGUAUGUGAGAUUCUGGUGGCUGUGAAGUAGUGAAUCCAGUCACUGGCAAGGAAGAACCUAGGACCCAGCAGGUGUAUGUUUACAGGAAGCUGAGCUCACAGAGAUGCGUAUUAGAAUCCAAGUGGAACUUCUGCCUCUAAAGACCUUGCAAGGAAAGACAUGUCCUGAAAAUGAGAGAUUACGCCUCAUUUAAUGAAGCUUAGCCCUAUGUAGAAAGUGUCUUUUGGGGGCAGAGGCUUUCUCUGGGUGCUAAGCCAUAUAUGUUAGGGAACAGUAGAUUGUUUUAUUUGUUUUUUUCCCUCCCAGUGUUUUACAUUUUUAAAACAGCACUGACUGGGCAUUCUCAUCUCUAAUGGAGCCGUCAGUGAGAUUUGGCUUAACCAACCUGUGCUAGCAACAGUCUGAAAUCCCUUCAGAGAAGGCAGCCCUUCAGAAAGUUUUUGGACUCUGUUUAAUCAACAUUCCGUUUGUUGGUGACACUUGUGAUUUUUCAGGAAUCUGAGUUGUUGAUGGCCUUUUAAACAAGACUCCAGUAUGUGAAGGUUAAUUGCUGUGCUGCAAGAGAUCCUGUCUACUGGCCCCUAUAGGAAGUUAACCUUGGUUGUUUUCCAUUUAUGAUGUUUUGCUUAUUGCACAAUUGCUUUAGGGUUAAAUGAAUUAUAUUGAUGCCUUGAAAUUAUAGCACUCCGUGAUUAAGAAGCUAAAAUGUUUUCUGUCAUUUACUCCUUAAAAGAC